GAUGGUGUCGCGUCGCGUUAUUAUUAAUCUGCCAGCAGACACAACAGUCAGUAUAAUAUUAAAAUAUUUACCAACUUACCUUGAAUAAUGAUAUUCAAUAUUGCAGAUGUUUCUUUGUCCUCUGAAAUUUCACCUUAAUCAUCAAAAGCACUGAUCUUUUUUUCACUUUCGUGAAUGUUCUCAUGAGGAACUGUGUUUCUCCACAGAACUGAACUUUUUUUAUUUCUUCAGCGCCACCUGCAGGAAUAACAAGUUUGUGUAAUAGUCCAUAUAUAUCUGAGGUGAAAACUAACUUUUUAAAGUGUAAAACUGACUUUGAUACUAGGUGGUGAUGCGUGGAUAUCCCUGUUUACGUCUUGUAUAGCUCGUAUAUCUCAUUUAGUUUCAGUUUAAAGCGGAUGUUAAAGGAAUGGGAAAUGAGAACAGAUCACGGAAGUUACUCAAUCUCGGAAGACGCAAGAGAUUCAAGCCCUGAAUGUGUGUGAAACCUUCAGGAGAGAUUCUGAGUGUGUUUAUGAAGAAUAAACUCGGAUUCGGACCGGCAUGUGUGACGUCACGCGGGACACCGCGGUUCGGAAGCUGGAUGUUCAGAAUCACACUGAAACAGAAUCAGACCUUCAAAGCGAUAUGUGUAAAAAAUAAAUUAUACAGGAUAUUACAAUAUCUAAAAUGAAAUAGAAGUGUUAAAAUAUAUUUAUUAAUAUUUUGAAGUAGAUUUUAUUUUUUUAUUUUCAGUUUUAAGUUUCAAUUUUAGACAUUCUUUUAUGUUUUUGUCAUUUUUUAUGUUCUAUUUUUAUGUUAGUUUUACUUUUAAUAAUUUGACUACUUCAACUUCAACUAGUUAUUUGUCCAAUGCAACAUGUUAAAAAAUGUUCAUAGUUCAAUGUUCACAAAAAAAAAAUCAUAGUUUUAAGUUUUUCAUCUAAUGUUUAUAUUUUAUACCACCAGUUUCACAGACAAGACUUAAGCUAGUCCCAGACUAAAUGCAAGUUUGAGCUGUUUUAACUAAAAGAAUAUCUUGAAAUAUGUCAGUGCCAUUGUUUUGUCUCAAGAUUCACAUCAGUAAUGGUUUGUUCUAAGUUUAUAAAAACUACUUAAAUGUCCUAAUUUAACUAAAACCUAAUCCUCGCUUAAUCUAAACUCUGUCUGUGAAACCAGGCCAUAAUAUUUUAUUUCAGCGUGAUUUCAUUUACUGGUGAUGUUUGCCUCUAACACUCACCACUACAGUACUGGGGUGUUUCGAACGGUUGCUAAGAUUUUCAGUAUGGUUGCUAUGGGUGGCGUCUGAUUUCAGGAGGUUUUGAAGCAGCGGUUCUCCAGGGAAAGAGUCCCACGAUGGAGAUGCUGUUCGACUGGGGGAACCACAAACUGUACUGUUGGAGAUCUGGUGGAGAUUCUGAUCCGACACCAGCUGUUCGCCGCCGUCAGUGUCCUGCUGCCAGACGACGAGAUCUGCCACACUAAAGCAGGCUCAUCUGGGGUGUCCGUCUGCGCACCGCGGCGUGAAGAAGAGCUUCGUCCGUCUGCGGCCUGCAUGCAGGGAUGCGUCCGUCCCGAGGUCACUGAACCCGUUCAGCAGGAGACGUGUGUGAUGGAGCCGGACAGCAGCACCGGACCGGAGGAAAACUCAUGGAGCAGCUCUGAAGGUUUCCACACGUUCUCUCACCGCGAGCUGACGGCCAUCACGGGGGACUGGGACAAUCGGCCUGUGUCUGAUGGAGGCUGUCGUCUGGGCGCCGGCGGGUUCGGUGUCGUGUUCAGAGGCCGGAUGGGAGACACAUAUGUAGCUGUGAAAAAGCUCAAUCCUAUGGACGACGGAUCACCUGAAGACCUCAAGACUCAGUUUAACCAAGAGAUUCAAACUCUCAGGAGUCUGAAGCAUGAGAAUCUGGUGGGUUUUUCCAGUGAUGGGCAGCAUCUGUGUUUGGUGUACGCGUUCAUGCCCAACGGAUCUGCGAACUGAACCCAGAAGAAACUGCAACAUUGUGACAAUUUAAGGCUCUGUUUGGGAACAAAGCAAAUGAUCAACAGGUCUGAAAACAAAUGACUGGAGUCUGGAUUACAAUGCUUCGCCGCUCUAUUAGCGUGCAGGAUUGAGCGCUAACGAUGCCACACAUGGUGGCUGUUGUUUGUGGAUCAGGAGACGUGGCAUUAGUGUCGUACCACACACCACGACUGAACCCCGUCCACCCUCUCUGAGGUGGGCAGAAACAGACCCGGGUCACGCAUUUGUGCUGCUUCAAAAACCCACCUAAAGCUGCUCAGACACACUUACACUUACAUAAUUAAACAACAGAAAACACAUGUUUGUAAUGUUCACUUUUGGAGAAUAGCAACAUUUUUUUGAUGGCCGAUGCAGGUACUGAUAUCUUAAGAGAGCAGGGUGGCCGAUAUAAAACAUAUACAGUAUAUAUAUUACAAUAUUUAAUUUAAAGGGCAUGCAUGACAAUUGCGGCAAUGAAAUUUAGAAUUUUACAAAAUAAACUGUAAACUGUCAAAA